AAGUUGGGGGAACUCUCUUUGUUGGGUUGGAGUUGGAAACUGCUGAUAGUGACAGUGAAAGGCCUGGACUUCUUAUUGGGGGUUGGAGAUGGCCUUUGCUUCUUCUUCUUCUUCGUCUUUAUCUUUCCCUCUGCAAAAGUCGUGCAACGCUUACCCGGCAACUGGGAUUCUCUACGGCCUUCCUUUCACCACCCGCCUGCGCUCUCCUAUCAGGCAGAUCAUUAGAAUGUCUGCAGUUCAAGCUGAAAAGCCCGGUUUGUCAUUUGAAUCCCUACCGAUAAAGCCUCCUUCACAUCCGACUUAUGAUUUGUUGGGUGUCAUCAAGUCAGCCCUUGCUGAAGACGCUGGGGAUCGAGGCGACGUGACAUGUCUGGCUACCAUUCCACAUGAUAUGGAAGUAGAAGCCCACUUCUUGGCAAAGGAGAAUGGUAUAGUUGCCGGAGUUGCACUUGCAGAGAUGGUAUUUUAUGAAGUUGAUCCCACUCUAAAGGUUGAGUGGUCACAAAAGGAUGGAGACUCCGUACAUAAAGGCUUAGAGUUUGGAAAAGUUUAUGGAAGAGCACACAGCAUUGUUGUCGCUGAGAGGGUAGUACUGAAUUUUAUGCAGAGGAUGAGUGGAGUAGCAACUUUAACUAAGGCGAUGGCAGAUCUUGCAAGCCCUUCAUGUAUCUUGGAGACAAGAAAAACUGCUCCAGGUUUACGUUUGGUAGAUAAGUGGGCGGUACUCAUUGGUGGUGGGAAAAAUCACAGAAUGGGGUUAUUUGAUAUGGUAAUGAUAAAAGAUAAUCAUAUAUCAAUAGCUGGAGGCAUCAUGAAUGCCCUCAAGUCUGUAGACCUAUAUCUUCAGCAAAGGAAUCUUCAGAUGGAGGUUGAGGUGGAGACCCGGACAAUUGACGAAGUAGACAAAGUAUUGGACUAUGCAUCUCAAACAAAGACUUCCUUGACCCGGAUAAUGUUGGACAAUAUGGUUGUACCACUAUCAAAUGGUGAUGUUGACGUCAGCAUGCUUGAACAAGCUGUGAAUUUGAUUAAAGGGAGAUUUGAGACAGAGGCAUCUGGAAAUGUUACUCUUGAAACAGUACACAAAAUUGGACAAACAGGAGUGGACUACAUUUCUAGUGGUGCACUGACACAUUCUGUUAAAGCUCUAGACAUCUCCCUCAAGAUUGAUACCGAGUUGGCUCUUCAAGUCGGAAGGCGUACAAAACGAGCAUGAACAUAUUACUUUCAUCUUUGUACGGUCUGUUUAGUCCAAUCCUUCACUGUGGUAAACUUUACCAGGUGGUGCCUAAUAAUUUUGACAUUAAUCCUAUACAGCAUGUAUACUAGUCAGAAGUGUUUAAAGUCCAUGUUCUGAAAAGGUCUCCUAGGUUUUUCCUUGAUGAAAACCGACCAUAUGUCAAUCUAUUUGAAUCCAACAGAUUCAGCGUUUACAAUUUCAACUUUUAAUAUGUUGUUAUUAGCUUGCCUUGGGCGAGCAACAUGCCCUUUGAACAACUCUUCAAGAUUAAAGGACUAAAGUAUUCCAAUUUGAUUUA